AUGACCAGAGACGAAUACAGUGUUGUCGUUGAAAUGGACGAUGACACUCCGGUGUUAAGAGAAGAACUUGAGUUUCAAGAUUUUUCUUCUGGUUCAGGUGUUGGUGGAAAAAUAGCACAAGAUAAACAGCAAACAUCUAAUAAUAAUUCGGUGAUAUUUUUACUUUUCGUCACAUCAUCUAUUGCGGAAACAAUUGCAUCACUUAUUGAUAAAAAAGGCGAACAACAAUUUGAUUUUGCAAUUUUAUCAUUCGCAGUGGGCGCGAUUUAUUCAUAUGCAUUUGGAAUUCCACUUUUGGUCUGGAUCACUUUAAAAUAUUUUGGAUGUAAACCUUCAUUAAUGGGAAUUCUUGGAUUAUACGGAUAUGGAUUAACCGUUUGGAUUCCGAUAUCGGUCAUAUGUAUAGUUCCCAAUGAAAUUAUUCGAUGGACACUUGUCAUUGCUGGAUUUGCAAUUUCAGGUUUCUUUAAAACCAAAAACCUUUAUCCAGUUAUAUCAGCAGCAGAAGCAAAAACUUCUCGUUUAAUUCUUAUAUUUAUAUUAGGAGCACAUGCAGCAUUUGCACUUUUAUUAAAAUUUGAAUUUUUCUCAUAUACAACCCAUAAUAAUUAA